AUAUUUCAAUAUUCACUUACUUUUAAACUCUUCUACCAAAAUUUUCAAUUUCAUAAUUUUUCCGCAACUAUAUUAUGGCACAACCGCAACCCCACAACCGUUGUAGAAGAUGCUGUUGCUGCUUCUUCAGCGUAAUUUGGAAGCUCAUCAUAGCAAUAGCCUUCAUUCUUUUUCUCAUAUUCAUCAUCUUAUUCUGCAUCGUCCAACCACGAUCCUUCAAAUUCAGUGUCAAAGAAGCCAAACUUACACAAUUCAACUACACCACCAACACCAACAUCCUCCAUUACAACCUCGUACUCAACUUCACGGCACAUAACCCAAACAAAAAGCUCAGCAUCUACUACGAUGCAAUUGAAGGACAUGCAUCCUACCAAGGAACAAGGUUUGCAUCAACGGAUGUACCAUGUUCGUUCCGUCAAUACCCAAAAAGCUCGAGCCCUAUGAGUGGUGUUUUUUCUGGACAACGUGUGAUGGUUUUUGACCAUGACCAGGUUUCUGAUUUUGAACGUGAUAAGAAUGAUGGAGUUUUUCAUUUUGAUGUGAAAUUAUACUUUACGAUGAGGUUUAGGCUUGGUGAUUAUAUUUUUCCAUAUACUAAAGGCAACAUUAAAUGUGGUCUUGAUGUUCCUUUUGGUUCUAAUGGGACUAAGCUCAUCAAUGCAUUUGAACCCACCACAUGUGAAGUUAAUUUUUAAGUAUCAUGUCUCGUGGAUCACUUGUUUGAUUGGAGAAUUUUUCUUUUGCUAUUUUAAUUUUUUUGUAAAAAUUUAGAUUUCAUGAAAACAUGUUCACAAAUUGUGUCAUUCUUUAUCCAUGUUUUGACGGAUUGUUAAUUUUAGGUGUGUUUCAUGUGAAUGAUAAUUGUUGAUUUGUUUCUUAUAAAUUAAAAUAAAAGUGACUAUGAUAGCAUUUAACAUUGUUUUUACUUUGAGCGAAUUAUGGCGGGUCCCGUAAAAUCGAUA